AUGGACGGGCUGUUGACAGGGAGCGGCGGCGCCGCCUACUUUGACGGCUCGCCCCCGCGCCAGGCGCCCCCCAGUACAGCGAGCGACCAGCGGCCGCCACCCGACCAGGCGCCCCCCGCCGGCGCGCCGCCACCGGCGCGUGCGCGCCCGGCGCGGCAGCGGGCGGCGCGGGUCCGCAAGCGUGUGAGCGGGGAGGGCAGCGAGAGUGAUGCGUCCUACAAGCAGUCAUCUCAGUCAGGUUGGGAGUCUGCUUCAGGCUCCGAAGGGUACCUACCCAAGAAGCGCAAG